UCGCAAGUCGCAACACAGCAGCUUUCGGUCUGCGCCUCCAGUUAUUCUCUUGCACUCUUCCUCUUCUCAAUCCCCCGACAGUCGCAGCGGCAAGAAGAAUCGCCGCCGGCAGGGAUCGCCGGAAGAUUCAUAGCCCCGCCUCUCUCGUCUGGGGUCUCACCGUCUGGUUUUAGGACUUUGUCGCUUACUCGCACCAUCGCCGCAGCAAUGGAGGAGGCCGCUGCGAACUCGUCAUCUUCCGUCGCAGCUCCGAUGUGCUGGAGCAAUAUCUUGAAGAGCCAACCGCCGGUGCCGUCACCAAAGCCACAGAGCUCUACGAGCGCGACUCAGAUGUUUGUCGAGAGCUGCAAGUCGAGCAAAGGGAUUUCGGUGGCUGUUAUCGAUGCCAAUGCGGUGAUUGAAGGCGGAGAGAGGCUUCAUCACCUGGCCGACAAGUUCGUCACCGUCCCUGAAGUUCUCGAUGAAAUUCGUGACCCUGUUUCCCGCCACCGCCUUGCUUUCAUCCCUUUCACUAUCGAUUCAAUGGAGCCGACCCCUGAGGCACUCAACAAAGUUGUCAAGUUUGCGAAGGCAACUGGUGACUUGCAGACACUGUCAGAUGUUGAUCUUAAACUCAUUGCCCUUACAUACUCCUUGGAGGGGCAGAUACACGGGACUCAACAUCUUAGAGAUGCUCCGCCACCUGUCCAUACGGUCAAUGUAAAAAGGUUGCCUGAGAAGGAAUUGCCUGGAUGGGGCUCUAAUGUUACUAAUUUGAAAGAGUGGGAGGCAAUAGAAAAUGAAUCUGGGGAUGGAACAAACUCGAACUCGAGAAUUCUUCCCUUGAAAGAUGUAGACUUGAACACUAUUGUAAUAGAUGAUGACAAAUCCGAGGCCGACACUGCAACUACUAAAGGAGAUGAUGACAAGUAUUCUGAGAAUCAUGAAGAUGUAGAGGAUGGUAGGCCGAAGCAUAGAAGAUACCCAUCCAAGAAAAAAGAGGUAAAAAUUGAAGGGAAGAAAAUGGUUGCAGAUGGUAUUGAUGCAUCUCAAGGACAAGUUGAUGAUGAUGCUGGCGAUUGGCUGCCUGCGGUUAGUAAGAGUACUCAUAGAAAGUAUCUUAGAAGGAAAGCUAAAUGGGAGUACUAUGAGGCUUUAUCUGAGAAAGAGUCUCAGCAAGAUAUGGAGGGACAAUUGGCUGAUAGCAGCAAGACAGAAAGAAGCAACACUGACCAGCUUCUGAAUCAAGGGUCGGAAGCAGAUGCUUCAAAAGUAGCACCCGAGGAGGAGAAGGUUGGAAACGUGGAUAAUGGAAAUGGAAACCUAACCUCAAUCCUUAAACAAAUGAGGCUGGAUGAAGAUUCAGUGGAGGCCCAUCAGGAAAGGGAUGAAGAAAAAAAUGGUUUGAGAGAGAUUGAAAGUUCCCCUGAUGGCAAUGAGUGUACACAUCUCUCAGGAGGUGAAAAUGAUGUUCCAAAUGCAGGAUUUAAUGAGUUGGAGACUUUGAGCGAGACACAUGAAAGCUGUGAUACUCACUGCGAGGAUGGUGAUAGUAGUGAGCAGAGUUGGAUGCUUAGAUCCUUGUCAGAGUCUAGCGUAGCUUGUGUUACUGGUGACUUCGCGAUGCAGAAUGUUCUCCUUCAAAUAGGUUUACGACUUCUGGCUCCUGGAGGGAUGCAAAUUCGGCAGCUUCACAGGUGGAUUCUGAAAUGUCAUGCGUGCUUCACUGUUACUGGUGAAAUCGGAAGGCUCUUCUGUCCCAAAUGUGGAAAUGGUGGCACACUCAGAAAAGUUGCAGUUACGGUUGGUGAGAAUGGGGUAGUUCUAGCUGCACGUCGCCCUCGUAUCACUUUGCGCGGUACAAAGUUUUCCUUACCUUUACCACAAGGUGGAAGGGACGCCAUUACUAAGAACCCAAUUCUGCGUGAAGAUCAAAUCCCACAAAAGUACCUUCGUCCCAAGACAAAGAAGAAAAUUAAUAAUAAGGACGACGACUUCUUUGUUGGUGCAGGCGACAUCUUCAGCCAUGUCGACAAAAGGUCUGCUUACAAGCCACCUGUAGGAAAAGCAUUUACAGCUUAUGGUGGAAGGAGGAACCCUAAUGACAAUCACUACUCCCGCCAAAAGCACUGAUUCGUGGUCUUGGGAUUUUUGUUUUAUGGCUCCUUGGCGUGUCACUAUUUAUGUCUUCUUGCACAUCUCUUCAUGUUCUGCUGGUGAAUGAAAUCCCAUUUUUGACGGCAUUUUUUUUUUUGCUCGUUGAAUGGCUUCUCGGAGCAUUUAACUGCCGUUGGAAUUCUGUUGAAUAGAAGCCCUGAAUGGCCUCUCUUUCGUUGAUCGUGGCUGGACUGCGUAAUCUGGUUUAAUUGCCAUGGCUUUUUAAAGGUAACGAUACUUGGAAGCAUAGCUAUUCCACUAUACUGUGGACAAAACAGGAAAUAGUCGGCUGCCUGCAAUACAAGUUGCUUGGCCUCUUGGCUUAAUUCCAGGUUAAGGCUGUCAUAGAAAACAACACUUGACUUCUAAGAUAUGGGUUGGACCCAUUUCAACAAAGAACAAAUACAGGA